AAGGAUUUGUAACAGAGGAGCUGUUUGAGAGAGAGAAAGGGAGAGAGUUCGCCGGCGACGAGAUGUCUGGCGGUGCGGAGAUCGAACGGCGGCCGGAAAAGCUGAGCUUUUCGCUAACUUGCAAUCUCUUCAGCCAGUAUAUCAAGGAGAAGGGGUUUCCAGCUGAUCUCGGCCUGGAAAUGACUUCUCGCUCUCUGGGGAAGAGGGAUGCUUAUAGAGUUCCGACGACGAUGAACUUGCUUCCCGGCGUCGAAAUCUCCGGCGAGGAUCAGCCCGACAUUAAUGGCGGAAAUUCAGUUCGAAACUCCAUGGAUCCCCCUGCUGAAACGAAGAAGACGGAGAGAGCUCAGCUGACAAUAUUUUACGGCGGGAAGGUGAUGGUUUUUGAUAAUUUUCCGGCGGAGAAGGCCGAUGAUCUGAUGCAGUUUGCGAACAAAGAAUCAGGCAUGGUUUCUGGCGCUAAGCGCUUCUCUUUAAUGCCUUUGCCAGCUGUGGAUCGCAAAAACUGCCCUGUUCCGGCUGAUUCUCCGGCCAGCUUCACGCCGCCGCCCAACUUCUCCGCAGAUCUUCCUAUUGCAAGGAAAGCAUCACUCCACCGCUUCCUGGAGAAGAGAAAAGAUCGGUUAAAUGCAAGGGCACCAUAUGCAAAGGGCGGUAGCGAAGGAAUGAGCUCUGUUGCAGCUAAUUUGAAGGAGGAGGAAAUCAGGCAGCAGUGGUUGGGGUUAGGGUUGGGGUCUCAGAUCUCAAGUUUGUCAUAAUUGUAUUUUAUUGUUAACUAAAUAAUCAUAUUUUUAACAUUAUUAUUUUGAUUAAAUUACUCUGUAGGAUUUGUAAUUUCAUAUAUAAUUGUUGAAUCUAAGAUUGUCCUGGAAACACACUCAAGGAAUUCAACGUUCUAUUAGAAGAUAAUUAAGGGAGAGAGAGAGAGAGAGAGAGGUAGUAGACAUGUAAAAGGAUAUCAUGUAUUCAUAAUUUGGACCCCUAUUUAUAGAUCUAGGUCUCAUUAUUACAAAA